AUGGGGGGGAAAGCUUCUUUCUGGCAUGAGGUUUGGUCUCCACUGGGUUGUUUGAGAGAUAUUCUGGGUAAUGGAGCUCAUAUCGAUCUUGGUAUACCGGUCAAUGCAAAUGUCGAUGCUAGUAGGAGCCAUAGAAGAAGGCAUCAUCGAUUACCCAUAUUGAACAGAGUGGAGUUGGAGAUAGAAAAUUAUAAAGCCAAAUGGAAAGAUGAAGAGGAUAUAUCUAUGUGGAAGAAUGAAAAAGGUAGCUACAAGAAGAAGUUCACUACCAAAGCUAUGCAUGAGCGGUUGUCGACUUGUGACAGGAUGAAGAGCUGGAAUAUUAACAUAGAUGAAACUUGCGUUCUCUGUAAAGGAUCAGCUGAGACUAUGAGACAUUUGUUCUUUGAAUGUCCAUAUUCAAGGCAAGUAUGGGAGGGUUUGAUGAAAGGAGUGAUGCAAGAUCAAUUCUCUGCUGAGUGGGAGAGGAUUGUUUGGAUAGCUUCAGAUGGAUUGGGAGAAAGGGAGAUAAGGAUCUGGAGGGAGGAAUGGCCGCAUGGUUUGAUGCGAGGUGAGAAGGUUGUUAUGAGCUGUAGUGGUCUAGUAGGAGUGAGUGCUAGACAUCCAGUAGGAGUGAGUGCUGGAAAAUCAGUAGGAGUGAGAGCUGGCUACCUAGUAGGAGUGAAAGCUAGAUAG